AGAUUAGAUGGUUGACAGAGUGUGAUGAUGGUGCAGUCACCAAAUGGGCAUUGCAGGGACUGGAAAAGCUAACUCUCAUUGAUGCUAACCUCUAUCCAAAAUGGAAAAUGGGAAAAAUAUGAAUGCCACCGGAACACAAGAUAGCUUUAUGAUGAAGCCCCAUGACCAAAGACAGCGCACUAGAGGCCACCUUGAUGUUAUCACUCGUCGCCUGAAGAACCGAGAACGGCAACGUAGGUAUAGGGCUCGGAAGCGGCUUGAAGCAGAAAGUAAGAAGUCUUGUGUUAUAAAUCAGUCAGCUCCACCACAAGUAGAUUUACAACAAAACAAGACCCAUAGCCCUUGUAUGACCCGUGUGCAUUGUAAACGAGAUUGGAAAAAGGACGCAAGAAGGGCUCAUACAUCUAAGGAUAAAGAUGUCAUGCCUAAUGGCACUGUUAAAUUAACUAGUGAAAAUCAGACGCCAAGCUUGCCAUCUGGAAUCAAGGCAGAACCAUCAUUUGAAAGGGUUCAUUCUGAGAUUUCCCAUAGCCUGGUCAAUUCUGAAAUGCAUAGAACUAUCGGUGGUCGAAGAGAUUGGAAAGGAGAUGCAAGAAAGAAAAAAUGCUAGAGUGGUUACCAACCUGUAGGGUGCAACAUCCUACAAUUAAAGUAUCAGAUAACUCCUUAUUGUGAUGUUUCAGACAGUUCUGAAGUUUUAGUGGCUCAAAAAACUUGUGAUGUUAUUAUGCUAACUGAAGAAGUUGUUUGUGGGAAAAGUUUUUGUUCUCAGUUUUUUCACUUUUUCAAAACCUUUGAUGUUGCAGGUGAAGGGCAUUCAGAAUAUGCCAAGGAAAGUUACCAUUAGGUUACUGCCAGGUUCUGAAGGUGGGAGAAUCCCGCUUUAGUUUGAAAGGCUGGUAUCAUAUGGUCAAGAAUGAUCAGAAUGUAUGACGUAAUUCAUGUAAAGAUCAAUAAACAUGAAUCGUGAAUAUAUGAAAAUAGUGUCUUGUUACUGCAUUAAAGGCCAAGUAAAUUAUUUUUCCAUGUCAUAUCUUUG